AUGCAAUGGACACUCUAUCCAACUGGAACAUACGGCAUCGAUGGCACACUUCAAGACUUAACCACCGAAUUCGCGCUGAACAAAACGUCUUUCGUCUUCAAAAACUACGGUAUCGAUACUCCGACUGUCAUCAAGGGCACACCGGUCCCGGAUUCAUAUACAUACAUACCUACACCACCAUUGACAUUUGCAAACAAUACAUGGGAAGUGAUUGCAUGGGGUUAUGACAGCGAGGGAGUGCCAUACUCGGUGUUGUAUGAGACGCCAGCAGAUGGAGGACUUGUUGGCCCUUCGCUGGAUAUCAUCUCUCGAAGUGACAAAGGGCCGAGCAAGCCGACGUUGGAUACGAUAUAUGAUGGAAUCAAGGACCUUCACAAUGAUGCUUUGGACGCAUUGCUCAAGAAUGUGGUGAAAUUGCCGCAGAAUGGUGGCCGCAAUGGGCAGCUUUUCCCUUCCUGCAAUGCUACUUGCCAGACGAAUGCAUACGCGUUUGGUGUGGCUCUUGGAACUGGAGGUGCCUAG